AUGCCCGUCACCGACAUUGUCACCAUCGACAACCUGUCGACAAAACUGCCGCAAUGGCGCCCUAGCGCGGCCAAUCAUCUAUACGCCAUUGUCGACAUGGGCAGCAACGGCGUCCGCUUCUCCAUCACGUCGUUAGCGCCGCCAUUCUCACGGCUCCUCAACCCUCUCUUCUCCACGCGCGCCGGCAUAUCACUCUUUGACGCUCUCACGCCGUCUCCCACAGCCGGAGGCGGGCUGAUCUUCCCGGAGCAGACCGUCAUCGACGUGGCCGAGACGGUGGCCAGCUUCCGCCAGGUCGCCGUCGCGCACGGCGUGCCGGCAUCCCAGACGUACAUCUUCGCCACCGAGGCCAUGCGCCGGGCCGAGAACGCCGGCGACAUGCUCGACGCCAUCCGCGCCGCCACGGACGGGCUCGGCGUGCAGAUCCUCGCGCCCGAGGUCGAGACGCUCUGCGGCGCCGUCAUGGGCACCCGCAGCAGCCUCGUCGGCGUUCCCGGCGGCGCGCUCUUCCUCGACCUCGGCGGCGGCAGCGUCCAGAUGACGUGGGUCGACACCGCGACGCCCAGCUACAUGGUCGAGGCGGCCAUGGCGGGUACGAGUCUGCCCUACGGCGCGGCGAAGCUGAUUCGGCUGCUCGAGCAGCAGUCGGUGGAAACGCAAGAGGCCGAGAUUGACACGCUGCGGACGGGCAUCAAGGCCGUGUACGAUAGACUCUGCGCCAAGUUUCCGGCACUCAGGGCCAUCAGGGAGGCGCAUGAGAGGGGCGAGGAUGCCAAUGUUGAUGUGUACAUGUGCGGUGGCGGGUUCCGGGGCUACGGCACCAUGCUCAUGCACGACGAUGCCAUCAAGCCCUACCCCAUUCCGUCCAUCUCCACUUACACCGUCGACGGUGCCAAGUUCAAGGAGACGCAGCGCAUGCUGAAGAUCAAUACCGAAUACGAUGGAAAGAUUUAUGGUCUAUCGAAGCGCCGCCGUGCUCUGCAAAUGAUGCUGCCGCCCGAGAUCCGUGAAAGCAACCCCCUGCAAGUUUUGGCCGACAUCAACCCAGUCGACAAGCCCAUAUUUGAUGCCGGCUUGGAGCUUCUGCUGUCCAGUCUUCCGGACCCAUCCAUUGUCGACAACAUGCCCACCAUCCUCGCGCCGGGUCUAGGAUACCUGUUCAUCAAAGAGCUGUGGACGCGAGCCGGCCACGAAGCAGACACCAACGCCUCCAUUUCCCUUCACACCUCCAUCAUCCGGGCCCCCGGAUGCCCUGGUCUAACGCACUUGUCGCGCGCUCUGCUCGGUAUCGCGCUCGCGACGAGAUGGGGCUCGUUUCUUUCGCCCGCAGACGCGCAGCUUGAGCAAGGCCUCAUUGCCAUCAUCAGACGAUACGGCAGCGAAACCCUCUUUUGGACUCGGUACCUGGGUGCCGUCGCUGGUGCCAUCGCCGAGAUCCUUCCGUUCUCGCCAGCCUCUGCCGAUGAACUCAGGCGCGCCGUGGAAUUCAAGUCUGAGAUUGUGCAGAAAGAAAACAGCCGUGUGGUGACGUUGUCCAUUGGCAUUGCUUGCGACCAUGCUAGGCGCCUGGACGAAGAAGGACUGAUUGACAAGAUCAAGUCGGCCACGAAGAACAAGGAAGAGGGCAGUCCGAAAAAGGUUUUCGUCACGGUUUACAAACGCGCGUGA